AUGAAGACCUCCCACCUCUUCCUCCUCGCCACCCCCAUCCUCGCAGCUGUAGCCCCAGCCACAACCGCCGAACGGUGCGGAUCCCUCGGCGUAAUGACAUACACCGCCGCAUCCCUCGACACCUCCGCCGCCGGUGGCAAUGGGGUUGAUCCCGCACAGAUCCGCACGUGCCAGGACCACCCCCUAGGCCUGGCCCCUCGACCCGAACACGCCGUCGGACCCCGUCCUGCGUCCGCAGACAACAAAGUGAGCGGAGGAGUCAACUCCACAACCGUAAAUCGCUGGGGCUGGAGCUGGGGCUGGCGGCACGGUGGCGGCGGCGGCUGGGGUAACUGCUGGGACGUCGAUCCGGGCGACUACGGCUGCUCGGGGGGCUACUGCUAUAAGGCGUGCGACGGAGACGGGCGGUGGUGCUGGACUGCGCGGAAUAGAGGGGCCGGGGAACGCGACUGA